UGCCGGCCCCCACAGUCUAUUGGACUGAUCUCAAAGUUUUGAUCUUUGACAAAACUAUCUGUUUCUUUUUCUUUAUUUUUUUCUAUCUUCUCCUUUUCUUUCCGGUAAUAGUACUAAUCAGUAAGGCUACGAGGGAGUGAGAUUUUUCUUUGUUGAUACUAGAACUGGUAUGGCGGCGUUAACUUUGCAAUGGUGUAAUUCUUUUUAUAUAUUUUUAACUACUCGACCUUGAAUGCUUUUGAACAAGAAAUUCCAAGUGUCUGCAAAAGCUGGCGCGCGCAUGAGCUCAACUUGCUGAUGAAAUGACCCACAAAUACGACAAAAAUGAAAAAAACCAACACACCCAUCGCCGCCGCCACUCCCACCACCACCACCACCACCACCACGACCACUACCAACAACAGUCAUAACCCUAUCAUCAACAAGGACACGCCCAACCAAAAAGACCCCUAAUUUAGAACUGCCCCUACUUUUCUUUCAGAGAAAGGAAGACCAGGCCGGAGGAUAGGAUGAAUGAAAAGGCUGGACGUAGUUAAAAAACGAUGUUGAUGCAAGGAGGAAUAGGGGGUUCAUUUAGUUCAAGGUGCCAAGAUUGUGGGAACCAAGCCAAGAAGGAGUGUGUAUACUUGAGGUGCAGGACUUGCUGUCGAAACAAAGGGUUUCAGUGCCAAACACACGUUAAGAGCACCUGGAUCCCUUUGUAUAGAAGGCGCCAGAAGCAGCAACAGCUUGCAGCAGCUGUUCUUCCACAACACCUUCGAGUUCGAGGACAUAACCCUAAAAGGCAAAGUCAAAUCACAUCUUACGGGUCCGAAGAGGCAAAUUUCCCAUCUGAAGUGCACCUCCGGGCGGCAUUCUUUUGCAUCCGGUUGGGCUCAGUGAACGAUGCAGCUGAAGAUCAGUACGCAUACCAGACAGCCGUGAGCAUUGGAGGGCAUUUAUUUAAGGGUAUUCUCUACGAUCAAGGCCCUCAUGAAAGCAAUCGCACUGCCGGCGAGGGCUCCUCUCUUGCACCUCAACCGCCUAAGCUUCUCAAUGCUGCUGAUCUAGCCAAUGUCACCACCAAUUCAGCUUACACUGAGACAUUACAUCCUCCUUUAUUUCCCUUUCCCUUUACUGCUUUCAUGCCGGCACCAACAUCGGGAAGGGGAACCUGAUAAUCCAUCGGAUCCAAGCCGGAGCUAGGAUCGAUAUUGCAUCAGCACAGCUUAAUUCCAACUGCGCUUGAACUUUGAAACCACAUGAUCAUCAUCAUCUUAAAUCAAUUCCAUUACCAUACAUGUACAUGAGCUGUCAACAUUACAGAAUUACAUUAAUCUUUACUACUUUUUGUAGUUCUUGUGGUUUUAAGGAGUAAAUAUUCAUGCAUGCAUGCUUCUCGAUCGUUUCGUAAAGAAAAUCAUCAUGUAACUUAAGCAAUAUUAUUUCAUAUUGUGCCGUAAAGAUCAUGAGGAGCUAGCUGUGUAUUUGUAUAUUAAUCUGAUCUGUCGUACUGUCCUAAUUGAAUAUUUCUGAUCUUUCAGAUGAUCAUCCAAUUAAUGCUCAUCAUGUCGCGCAUGAAUGAUUGAUAUAU